UAGCGAGGCUCUUGUAUCCGAAUGCGCCAGAUGCGCUGGUAUUGCCGUCUCUUCCGUAAGAGCUACCGCCGAGGAACCAGACGGUGUAUCCUCGCAAAAUUGGAUAUUGCUUUGUACGCAUGUACCAAUAUAAGGAAAAGUAGAGGGCGAGCUCUUGAUUGGGACCACUCUUGCCGGAAUUCUCGCCGAGAUUAAAGGGAUCAUCUAAAAGCAGGCCAUGACAUCUGUCAGUCUUCUCUCUGGUUGCACGAAAAAUGCGAAAAUGGUCGCUCUCUCGAGUUUCUGUCUGGAUACGUAUUAUAAGAAAAUUGAACACAUAAAAGAGGUUAUGAAAGAGAAAAAUAUAUUAAUCGACGUACAACGUUCCUAGAACAAUACGGACUGUGCGAGAGUGGGAGUGUAUGAGACUUUUUUUAGGAAAUGAUCGGUGUUCACAAAAAUUAAGGCGACAAAAUUAUGAAUAAUAUUGAGUAACUGAUAGACGGUUUACUUGACUUGCACAAUAGAGGCUGGAAAUUUAUCUCUGGAAAUAAUGGAAAACCGUUACGUUUUAUUUCAUGUUGCAUUAGUGCUAAACAUUCUUAUUCUAAUUGUUUCCUUCACGGGAGUGAUAAGCUCUCCCGCGAAGGCAUCGAUAAUCCAGAAACCGAAUAUCAUCGAAGUUAUGAAGAAUGACACAAAUCUAUGUGCGGCAUCUAAAUGUUUAUAUGAAUCAGAAUAUGCAAAACUUUGUGCAUCAUUGCCGUAUCCUACAGUUCCUUUGGACUUUAAUGAACAGAAUUUAAAUAUUUUCCUGUGUUUAGGACUUUAUGAUGCAGCAUAUAAGAUUUGUCAAUAUUCUAGUCAGAACUCUAAUACAACAAUAUUAACUCUAAAUUUGGAGAAAUUUGUUCUUAAUGCAACUCUGAAAAAAGAAAAGGAUUUUUGCGUUAAUUUACAAGGAUUCACAUCAUCAUACAAUCAAAUAGAUUCAUAUUUGAAAACAUUGAUUGAAAUGCUUAAGGAAUUGAAUAAAUGUCAGAAAAUGUGUUUUGACUUCGAUGAUAAAUUGAAACCGUUAUGUGCAGUAUUUGCUUGGAUCAAGAAGUAUGAUGACAAAAAAGCAAAUAGAACAGGAACAAAACAAAAUUUUGUAAUAAAUGAGACAACAAGUAAUAAAAUAGAGUAUAAAACAAUAGAAGCUAAUGAAAUGAAAGAAUCCAAUGAAGAAAAAUACAGAAACAAUAAUAAACUUAUAUCUAAUAUUUCUGAAAACAGUAAUGUUGAAAAAACUUCCUUAAAUGUGACUCAAACUGAAUCAACCAUACAUGCAGAACUUGAUAUGGAGAAUGAAAAAUCUGAUGAUGAGAAGUUAAAUAAGGCCCAAAAGAAAUUAAAUACUGAUUUAAAAACAUCUGCUCAUAAAUCAUCUCCACUGCUUCACGAAAAUAAAAAGAUUGAUGAAACUGAAACUGUUAAAAUUGUGAAACCUAUAAAAACUAUCCUUCCAAUCCCUCCAAGUGAUUUGCAAGUUUCAUCAAUGAACAAUCCUACAAGUAAUGUGCCAAAGAAGGAUAUAAGUAAAGAAAAAGGAGAAGAAUUUAAGGAAGAAAAUAGUGAUGAUUUAAAAACUAGUACAUUAUCUGAAAAUACACAAGAUUAUAUACAAGAUGUUAAAAAUUCAGAUGGAGAUAUAGACACUACUAGAGAUAUAGAAACUAGCAAUAUAGAAGAUACAGAUAAAGAUACAAAUCAACAAUCAACAGGGAAUCAAAAUGAAAAUGCAGAAAGUUCUAAACAGGAGAAUUUGCGGAAUCCCAAUAUAAGAACAGAGGAUGAUUCUCAUUUCUUUACUUACUUCACUGUGAUUACAGUGGCAUGUAUUGCUGGAUAUAUAGGUUAUCAUAAUAAGCAGAAGAUACUUGCUAUUGUAUUAGAGGGUCGAAGAUCCAGAAGUAAUCGUAGUAGACGACGACCAAGCACGGCUAAUUACCGAAAAUUGGACUGUACGCUUGAAGAAGCUGUUACAUCGCAAUGUAACGCUAAUGUUACUCAUGUCAUAUAUUAACGCGAGUAAAAUGUCACGAAUUUUUAUAUCUGUAUUAUAGUAUUGCAAGUGUAAUAUAUAUUUUGUAUUUAAGCACAUACUUUUUCUUAGUAUAUCAUUUAAUUUUCUAAAGAUUAUUUAUAUUUUAGCAAAUCGUAUAUUGACCCAUCACGAC